UUUUUAUUUAUUUCUCAAUAUUUUCUCUCCCAUUCUUCAAUUUUUUUUAUUUUUUUCACUAAAUUUCGUAACUUUUUUUACUCAUUCUAAAUUUGUUUCUUGCUCAUCUUGUUUCCUAUUUUUUUCCACCUAUAUUCGAGACUGGGCUUGCCAUAUUUUUAUAAGCGGCAGACGGAACGUGAAAUAAUGCGGGACAGAAUAAAAAGCAAAGGGCCAAAAAGGAAGCGGAAGGGUCAAAAGACGCAACUCUGUGGCAGACGGAAGGCGGGAGAAAGUAGAGUUGGGGAUUUACUUUUCGGUAUCGGUAUCAUAAAAAUCGGUAUCGGAAUUCCAAAAAACUGGUAUUACCGGCCUAUACCGGCCAACUCUAGGAGAAAGCCCAUUCCUUAUACGUAA